AAACAUGAACCAGAUAAGUCCCACAUUGAGAAACUAUAAAACGGGCGAAGUGACCAGGAACCCAACCAGUGAGCCACCAUGAAUAUACGUGUGAUUAUCCUACUUUUCUGCCUGAUCGUGUUUGUAGGCGGUAAGAAAGUGCACAGAUUUCGACUGGAAAGACGAUCCCACCGUCACCACAAGAUUCCGCACGCCCAUCUGCACCUGCAGUUCCGGAAUGCGCUCCGAAGGAAGUACGGAUUUACUCCACUCCGUACAGUGAAUGCUGUCAAUGUGACCAGUGAGGCCGGUAAGGGAGCCGUGAUAACCGAGCCCCUGAUAAAUUCCUACGAUACCAACUUUUUCGGGGUUGUGUCGGUCGGAGAUCAAUCAUUCACCAUGCAAUUCGACACGGGUUCCUCGGACUUUUGGGUGCCCAGUUCCCAUUGCAGAUUCUGCAUCAAAACGUGCGGUAACAAAUUUUUCCGGGUGUCCAAUUCCAAAUCCUUUCGGUCAAGUGGAACUCCAUUUAGCAUCACCUACGGAUCGGGCUCCGUGAAGGGAAUCGUGGCCUCGGAUAAUGUUGGCUUCGGCGAUCUAAAGAUCCAGAACCAAGGCAUUGGAUUGGUCAACAUAUCGGACUCCUGCUCCGUUUUUGAUGGAAUCGCUGGCUUCGCCUUCCAGCAACUCUCCAUGACCAAAUCGGUCCCUCCUUUCCAGCAAAUGAUUGACCAACAGUUGGUGGAGCAGCCAAUCUUCUCGUUUCAUCUGAAAAGUGGGUCCAGCGACGGUGGCUCCAUGAUACUCGGUGGAUCGAACUCGAGUCUGUACUACGGUCCGUUGACCUAUACAAAUGUGACCGAGGCCAAGUACUGGACCUUCAAGCUGGACUUCAUAGCGGUCCAUGGCAAGGGUUCUAGGAGCUCCCCCUCGGGAAACAAGGCCAUCAUGGACACAGGAACCUCCCUGAUCGUUGGUCCUGUCCUGGAAGUCCUCUACAUCAACAAGGACAUCGGAGCCAAGCACAACAAAACCUAUAACCUGUACACCGUCAGCUGUGAAUCGAUUCCCCAACUUCCGAUCAUCGUCUUUGGCAUUGCUGGCAAGGAGUUCUUCGUGAAGCCACAUACCUACGUGAUCAGGUACGAUAAUUUUUGCUUCUCCGCCUUUAUGGACAUGAUAGGCCUGCAGUACUGGAUACUCGGUGAUGCCUUCAUGCGGGAGAACUAUGUGGAGUUCGAUUGGGCUAGGAGAAGAAUGGGCAUAGCACCGGCUGUAUGAUGACUAUCACAAUCCUGUAUCUACAUUAUUAAAUGUUAAAUAUUCGGAAAAUAAUUUGGUAAACAAAUGUUAUUAUCAAUUAUCAAUCAAUGACAGAACAAAAUU